AUGGCGAUUGAACCUCUCCGUGACAAUCUGGACGGUAUCGCAGCAACCGACCAACCAUACGAUGGUGAUUCCUCUUCCGAGCAGCAACUCACCGUGUACAACUACGACCUGAGUGGUCCACACUCCACAGUUCUUAACCCAGCCAACCAACCAAGCACAUAUCUGCUUGGUGGAGUCACUAGCCCUGGGUUCUGCAGCGUCAACAGCAGCCUUGGACAAAACCAAGUUCAGAUUGCUGCAGGGGGUAGCCCGGAGCACCGCCAGAUCAGAUCAAACGAUGCUCUUCACUACAUAAGCCAGAUGAUCAUGGAAGACGUCGACGAGAGGGUCGACAUAUGCCAAGGGGAGGCUGCUCUCCAGGCUGCUGAGAAGCCAUUUCGUGAUAUUCUUGGGGAGGUAUACGUGCCGGCUACUAACUGGUCGCCAUUGCAUAGCAACAACAAACCAGAAAACUCUGAUAAGAGUGGGACCAGACGUUACAAGAGGCUCAGGACCACUGGCUUCAGUAAUGACUAUUCCAGUUACAAUGUGUUACAGCCCUUAGCAACCCCAUUGAGUCCAUAUACCUGCAACAGGAGUCUUUUUCUACCAGACCAUCCAUUGGUAAGUGUUGGACCGACUUCUAGAUCUGGUUUUUUCCCUGCCUUGCAUUGUCAGAGAGAUGUCGAGGAGGAAAAGAUGUUUGCUCCAAGUAUUGAUAAGCUGGUGAUAUAUUUAAAGAAUGGCGUACUUUAUAUUUCCCAACUGACUACGAAGGUAAAAGUAGUAGAGAGGAGCGAAAAUGCAAUCUUUGAGGUGGCAGACCAAAGGGGCUGGGAUAUCUUUCAAGGAAGGAGCAACAAACAUCAUGCCAUCACAACUUGUGCUAUAAUUCGAAACGAAAAUUUCGACCAAGUUCUACUAUGCUAUGGUCGGAAGAGUUUCGACCAAAGAACAAGACUGCGAGAAAGGAUGGCAGGGGAAGGAAACAAUAACUCAAUGAAAGGCCGGAGCAAAGGGCGUCUGAAGCUAUGGCAGAGGAAGCAACCGAGGAGAGAGUUGAUUGAUCUCAGGAAUCUCCUCAUCAAUUGCGCAAAAGCUGUGGCAGAAGACAACCACCUGUUGGCCAGUGAAAUCCUAAAGAAGAUAAGGCAACACUCCUCACCAGAUGGUAAUUGUACCCAGAGACUGGCAUUUUACUUGGUGGAUGGCCUCGAGGCACGCUUGGCUGGGACCGGGAGUCAGGUUUAUCAAAAUCUCAUGGAAAGGCGAACAAGUACCACAGACUGGUUAGAGGCUUACAGCCUUUUUAUUGCAUCUUGCCCUUUCGACAGGGCGUCAUACCACUUUGCCAACCAAGCUAUUCUUGAUGUCUCACAAGGGCGUCCAAGAGUGCACAUCAUUGAUUUCGGCAUCGGCUUCGGCUUUCAGUGGCCAUUAAUGAUUCAGAGGUUUGCAAAGCAAGAAGAGGGAGCCCCUAAGCUUCGGAUCACAGGUAUAGACAUUCCUCAGCCAGGUUUACGCCCCUGUGAAAUGAUCGAGGAGACAGGGAAGCAGUUGGCUGAUUAUGCAAACAUGUUCAAGGUACAUUUUCAGUAUCAGGGCAUUGCCGCUUCAAGAUGGGAGACCAUUAAAAUUGAGGAUCUUAACAUUGAGGAGGGUGAAGUCCUCAUCAUCAACUGCAUGUUCCGGAUGAAGAAUCUUGGUCAUGAAACCAUAGCCAUAAAUAGCACAAGGGACGAGGUAAUCAAAACUAUGAGGAGGAUGAACCCAAAGAUUUUUAUUUCUGGCACCGUGAAUGGGUUACGCAGUUCUCCCUUCUUCAUACAACGUUUCAAAGAGGUUAUGUUCCAUUACUCUUCAAUGUUUGACAUGCUUGAUGCAAAUAUUCCACGGGAUAAUGAAGCAAGAAAGACAAUUGAGAGGGUCCUAUUUGGGCGGGAUGCACUUAAGAGCAUAGCAUGUGAGGAUGCAGAAUGGACCAAGAGGCGGGAAAGUUACAGGCAGUGGCAAGCAAGGUUCCUCAAGGCUGGGUUCCAGCAGCUUCCUGUUGAUCCAGCCAUUUUAAAGAAAAUAGUACAAAAGAAGAACUCACUUUAUCAUGAGGAAUUCUUUGCUGUUGAAGAUUGCGGUUGGCUACUGCAAGGAUGGAAAGGGAGAGUAAUUUAUGCAAUAUCUAAAUGGAAACCUGAUGAAACAUACGAUGGUCAGUAAGAUUCAAACAGUUUUUCAAGUGAAUCUGGUGUUGUUUCAAACGAAUAUUAAUUAUGUGUACCUGGUCA